CGCAGAACCUCCACCAGCGACCCUUCCAACCUGCCCCGUAAAGUCACACCGCAGCCGCUGCAGCAUGCACGCAAACACAUCUGCAGGCAAUACAAUUACACUUCUAGUUUUGAGCCACCGGCUAUACAAACUUCCCUCUCCAGCCCUCUGGCCUGAAGUCAGUCACUGCAGUCAGUCUUCCCUGUCGUGCCGUUCCUGCUGCGCACACAAAUCGAGGCCAACCUUAAGCUGUGCAGUCACGGUGUAUCUGACAGACGGCCCUGGAUCCCGCGCUGCACCUGGCACACUGCGGAGGGAGCCCCCUACUCCUGGUCCUGAUUGAGUUCGCAACUUAUUCCAUUGCCUUUACGAAUAACCCGACCAGCCUUCAAGCACGACCCAGAUUCGCAUCCAGAUCCAGCCUGUCGAUAUAACUGACUUCAGGCUUGACACUUCCGGUCUGCGCCUGCCCCGCGCUUUCUCGCCUGCUGCAUUGUCGGCUGGCAAUCACUGCACUCUGACCGGUACUUAACCUUACCUGCCUGUCAUCAUGACUUCAGCCGCUCCCCUUUCCCGCAACGAGUCGCACGCCUCCAGUCGCCGAAGUGCCAGUCUUGGAUCGCGUCUCUUUCGAUCAAAAAGCGGAGAAGCCUUAGGUGACCGAAAGAGCUCGGCCGGACGACUGAAGAAGAAACACAGCGAGAUGGACGAAUCCGUCAAAGUCACCACUCAGUCUCCUCCACGUCUUCCAGGCUACACCCCGCAGCCUUUGGACAUUCAGUCCUUUGGUGGUGAGGAUUACGCCGCUUCAGAAAACGCAAACGGUGCGACAGAUGUCCCUCCGGUGCCUCCGCUGCCACGACAAAAAGAAAAGGAUGUUGUUGAUCCCUAUGCUCGAACUGAGAGCAUGACCCACCGUGGUCGCUAUUCCUAUGCAACCUCGAUCGUCUCCACCAUCAAUUCUCCUCGCAGAGUCCGCCGUCGCAAAGAUCCCACCCCGUACAAUAUUCUGAUCAUCGGCGCGCGCAACUCGGGCAAAACAUCCUUCCUUAACUUCUUGAACAGAGCGCUGGCGCUUCCUCCCCAGAAACGGCCGCAUCGAGUCUCCGAUGGCGAAACUCCUCCAUCUUCCACCAGAUCGAAUCCGAAUUUCGUGCAUCACUACCAAGAGAUUGAGAUCGACAAUGAGCGAAUUGGCUUGACGCUGUGGGAUUCACAAGGUCUUGACAAAGGUGUCGUGGAUCUCCAAUUGAGGGACAUGAGCAAUUUCGUGGAAAGCAAGUUCGACGAUACGUUCAUUGAAGAGAUGAAGGUUGUUCGCGCGCCAGGCGUCAGGGAUACCCACAUCCACUGUGUCUUCUUAAUCCUCGACCCUUCUAGACUCGAUGCCAAUAUCAAUGCUUCGCAAGGAGCAAAUACUGCCAAUGACAAUGGUCGAGUUGGCAAGCCUACCCGAAUUGUUGGCGCACUAGACGAGGACUUUGACAUUCAAGUGUUGAAAACGCUGUCCCGCAAGACCACCGUCAUCCCAGUCAUCAGCAAAGCUGACACUGUCACAACUGCUCAUAUGGCUUUUCUCAAGCAACGGGUUAGCCAAAGCUUGAAGAAAGCCGGGCUGGAUCCCCUCGAAGCUCUGAACUUUGCGGCGGAUGAUUUUGAUGAGGACAAACUUGACGAGCGCGAUGAGGACGUGGACAGCAGCGACGGAGGCUCCGAGGGCGGCACGGAUUCAAGAAGUGAAGAGUCUGCAACGGAGCGACCCAUCUCCAACAUGAAGCGCACAGUUACCCACAAACGUCAGCCUUCAAAUUUAUCCUUGAUGGAUCCCAAUCUGGACAGCGGCUACGUCCCUUGGUCAAUCAUCAGUCCGGACAAGUACUCUCUUGAGUCUAAAGACGGACCCAUUGGCCGAUCCUUUCCCUGGGGAUUCGCCGACCCAUACAACCCUGACCAUUGCGACUUUGUGAAACUGAAAGAUGCGGUGUUUGGUGAGUGGCGCUCGGAGUUGAGAGAAGCAAGCCGGGAAGUGUUUUAUGAGCAGUGGAGAACGAAUCGGCUGAAUCGACGAGGAAGGUCAUCUCAUGGCCUGCCUUCAGGACCGAGACAGACUGGCGGCGGUAUACCCAUUCCCCUACAGCCCCGAGUGCGUUGACGGUGAUAUACCUAAGCUCUUCGAUACUCGAAUUGGUGGAGUUAACAUCCGACCAUGUUGGUCGUGAGUGAAGAAGCCACCCGAAACUCGGCGUCAGCAUUAGCAUUGUUUUCUUGUCUCGGUUACGCUUCGGGAAGGUCAUGAGAACACUAUUCUUUUACGGUUUCACUGUGGGAAAGAAACGUGAACUGGGAGAGGGGGGAAUGAAUGUGAGAGGAGUACCCAGACGUCAAAGACGAAUAACGCCAAGGGAGUGGCUUGACUGUAUUGUCAAUGAUCGGAAUGUCCUGCUGGGUUGAUGGCUGGCUCUGGCUCAGGCCGGUCCUGCUCUCCUUUUCUCGAUUCUCAUCGUCAACUGACAUCAUUCAGUCCCUUGCAUUGGUUGGCCGCGCGGCGUUUCACACAUUGGGCACUGCAGAUCCUUUUCAGUCGUCACGAGCCAUGAGAUACCACUUUAGUUCAAUUGUAUUGAGGUUCAAGUCAAGUUUGCGUCGGAAAAUGAAUUGAUAUCCAGGCAAUCGAAACUUAGGAUCACCAAUGCAUAAGUUAUAGGUUACCAAGUAGGUUCAAUUCAUCCCAAGCCAAGCGCCAGGAGCCUCUUAGAUAGCUUUAUCCGAGUGUGCCUUAUGGCAAGAAGGAAAGGAAAAGGGAAAUGCUAAGGUAGGUAGGUAAUCAUCA